GAGCGGUUUCUGGACAGGAACGGGUAACAGGAUCAUCAAUCUAAAACUGGAAAACGGGGUUGUGAAUCGUAUUUUCCGAGGCUACGAACAUUGAAAGUCGGUGAUAAUAAUAGUGUUUUCGGUAGUUAAAAUGUUCUUUCCAGUGAUAAACAUCUCCCAAAGAUGUUAGGAACAAUGAUUUUUUUUACGCGAACAAAUCCAUGACGAGUAGUACUUGCUUAAAUAGUACAGUGGAUGAACAUUGCUUUUAGUGAACAUUCUACGUUGGAACGUGAUGGAGGCUAGGGUUUAUACUAAGAGUGUUAGCUCUGAUACCAUGUAAAAAUUACAUACUAUAUUUCAACUAAUGUAUAAUAAUUAAUAUAAAGAGGUGUAAUCUUAAUAGACAAGAAACAACCCUUAGAUAAACCUAAGUCGGUCUCAUGGGUUAAGCAUAAUUAAAUCCUAAUACUAAUAAUCAUAUAUAUAUAUUUUCAAUAUAUAAAACACUUUUUCCAUUUUAGGCGACACGGGGUGGAUACUUUAUUUACCGUGAUAGAAUCCUAUCACUCGUAGAACACCGCCGCCUCCAUGUUUAUCACGAGUUAUAGGAAUAACUCGUUGAAUGUAUAACGCGUUGAACUUGAUCAAAUGAAUGUGUAUUACUUGUACAUUUGGGUAUUAAUACUUGUCCAUUGGAAUCUCAUCACUAGUGAUACCACCCCCCUACAUUUCUAUCACUAGUGAUAGAAUAUUGGGUGAUGACAUGACAUGAUUUGAUUUGAUAGUGGAAGUGAUAGAAAUCUAUCACUAGUGACCACCCCUCCUCCCCUUAUUCUACACGUUAUAGUACAAUAAUAAUUUCUCAAUAUGUUUUCUAACACCGUACAAUUUAUGUUUCAGUCAACCAUUCAAGCUGAAUUAAAUUCUACACGUUAUCGUACAUCAAUAAUUUCUCAAUAUAUUUUCUAACACAGUACAAUUUAUGUUUCCAUCAAUCAUUCAAGCUGAAUUAAAGUCGUUAAAUGUAAAUGAAAACGUGUGGCGAUUACACACCACAAACCAUACGCUUACACCCAACUACUUAUUCCAUACCUUCUCUAGCCUCCUCCCUCCAAGCCUCCACCAAAACCAAGCAUGUUCAUACCCGCCACAACACUCUUAUGGUUCACACUUAUUUUCAUAUGCUCAAACACUACCAUCACCCGGGCUCAACAAGCCGAAUUCAUUUACUCUAACUGCGCGCAAUCCAUCGGCAAUUAUACCAGAAACAGUACAUACCAAAGAAACCUCAACACCGUCCUCGCUGCCCUUCCUUCCACCAACUCGGGCCAAGGUUUCUUCAACGCCACCCGUGGCCAAGGCAGCGAUAGAGUCAACUCGGUCGCUCUUUGUCGAGGCGACGUCAAUCCUGACGUGUGUUUGAGUUGUCUGAACGACUCCAUUGUUAACUUGCCACGAGUCUGCCCUAACCAAAAGGAAGCAGUAGGAUACUACGACUACUGUUUCCUAGUAUACUCCAACCGAACUAUAUUGGGAAACAAUCCCAUGCAGACUAGUGUGUAUUUGUUGAACACCCAAAACGCGACAAAUAGGGAUCGGUUUACUGCGGCUCUUAGACCGUUGUUGAGCAAUCUGACUGCAGCCGCGGCUGCUGGUGGUUCGCUGAGGAAGUUUGCCACUGGGAACACGACCGGGCCAGAUUUCUCAAAUAUUUACGGGCUUGUGCAGUGUACUCCAGACUUAACGCAGCUACUAUGCAAUGAGUGUUUGGAAAAUGCUAUCAGUCUGUUUUCCAAUCGGUUUGGCGGGAUUAUUGGAGGCAGAAAUCUUGCACCUAAGUGUAACUUUAGGUACGAGACUUAUGGGUUUUUUAACGUUAGUACUCUUGUCAUACCCCCACCACCAUCUCCGACACCAGUACCGCCAAAUUCCCGGGCUUCCCCGCCAGUUUCAUCACCAUCUCCAGGCAAAAGUUCAAGCAGAAUUGUGAUAAUAAUAGUAAUUGUUACAAUAGUCACUAUCAUUGUAAUAAUCACUUUCAUUUGUAUCUUCCUAAGAUUGAGGAAAAGGAAGCAAACUUCUUCAGCCGAAACUAUAGAGACUGAAACUGUGGAUAUUUGCAAUGCUGAGUCUUUACAAUACAACUUUAGUUUAGUGAAAGUUGCAACAAAUGAUUUUUCUGAAGAUAAUAAACUAGGACAAGGAGGAUUUGGUGCAGUUUACAAGGGUACACUUGAAGAUGGACGAGAUAUUGCAGUAAAGAGGCUAGCAAGGGAUUCUGGGCAAGGUGAUGUAGAAUUUCAAAAUGAGGUUUUGCUAGUUGCGAAGCUUCAACACCGGAAUUUGGUUAGAUUGCUCGGUUUUAGCAUAGAAGGAAGUGAAAAACUUCUCAUAUAUGAGUAUCUGCCAAAUGCAAGUCUUGACCAAUUUCUAUUUGAUCAAACUAAGUGUACACUUCUUAAUUGGGAAAAGCGAUACAAGAUCAUCAAAGGUGUCGCAAAAGGACUACUUUACCUUCACGAAGAUUCUCGUCUAACGAUAAUUCAUCGUGAUUUAAAAGCAAGUAAUGUUUUGUUAGAUGCGGAAAUGAAUGCUAAAAUUGCAGAUUUUGGCAUGGCAAAGUUGUUUAAACCUGAGGAAACUCAAGGGGAUACGAAUCGAAUUGUUGGUACCUAUGGUUAUAUGGCUCCAGAAUAUGCCAUGCAUGGCCAGUUCUCAGUAAAAUCAGAUGUGUUUAGUUUCGGAGUGCUUGUGUUGGAGAUAGUAACAGGUCAAAAGAACCAAUGUUUUCAAAAAGAAGAGAGCAUUGAGGACCUUCUUAGCUUUGCAUGGAAGCAUUGGCGGAAUAAGACAAUGACAAAUAUAAUAGAUCCCACAUUGAAGACUGGGUCAGGUUCAUUGCGUGACAUCAUUAGAAGUAUUCACAUUGGGCUAUUAUGUGUUCAAGAAAAUGCUGUUGAUAGGCCAACCAUGGCCUCGAUUGUUCUUAUGCUUAAUAGCUUCACUAUCACCCUUCCAGUACCAUCAGAGCCUGCAUUUUUCAUGCAUAGUAAAACUGAUGAAAUACCAUUUUUUCGUGAAUACAGUUUAUCAACAAGUAGCAGUGGUUUAGAAAAAUCAAAGAUAUCAAAAAUAUCUGAGCAUUCAGUAAAUGAUGCUUCAAUAUCUGAGAUAGUUCCUAGAUAGGAUUUUAAAAUGCACUGAUAUGGUACUAGUUUGCUUUUGAAAAUAAUUCCAUGUUAUCAUUGAAGACUACAAUGUUGAACUUAAAGACAAGAUUUGCAUGUUGCACUUAUAUUAUAAACGUAAGUAUUGGUGUACCGGGUACCUGCUUUCCUCUUCUUUUUAAUGUAUUGGUGUCCUUGUU